AUGGCGGUCGCUGUACCUUUGUACAUCUGGCCAACCAGCAACGCCUGGCAGCCCCUCUACAACUCCAUCUCAGCAGCCCCAGACACCACCUUCAACAUCAUCAUCAACCCCGACUCAGGGCCCUCAAACGGGGCUACUCAGCCCGACAUCAUCUCAGCAGUCAGCACGCUCCGCUCCUACAGCAACGUCCAACUCUUCGGCUACGUGCACAUUGAAUACGCCAAACGCAAAGCAGACGAGGUACACAAGGAUAUCAAAACCUACUCCACCUGGAAGAAAACAGCAAAGUCAGAUAUCCACCUCGACGGCAUUUUCAUCGACGAAGCACCUUAUGAGACAAAAUAUCUAUCUUACAUGAAAGACCUCCAAAAGUAUAUCCACAGAACCAUGCCCAAAUAUCACCAAAAAGUCUGGACGAACCCUGGUAUCCCUAUUGAUGCCAAAUUUUACGAUUAUGCGGAUUAUGUCAAUGCGUACGAGAACUCUUACGCAGAUUGGAAUGCUACUGGCCAUAAGAAGAUUCCUGAGUGUUUGAGAGGAAAGAGCACAAUUAUCAUUCACGACUUCCCAGCAUCGUCACCUAAGAAACUGAAUUCCGAUACCAAGAACGUCAUUGCCAAUGGCUACAAUGGCACCUUCAUCACGAGUAGCAGUGGAUAUGAAGACUUUUCGCCCAUCUGGUCGCAAUAUGUCAAGGAUGUUGCAAACUUGACAAUGACGACGAAGGUCAAGGCUUUGUCAAAAUGCAAGAAAUAA